AUGAAUUGCAGAUUGGCUAAAAAGCAUGGAAUUGUUAUUAUUUCUCCUAUUUUGGAAAGAGAUAAGGAUGGACUAAUUUGGAAUACUGCUGUAAUAAUUUCCCACACUGGCACAGUUAUUGGCAAAACACGAAAAAAUCAUAUUCCUCGAGUUGGUGAUUUUAACGAGUCAACAUAUUAUAUGGAAUCCUUAUUGGGGCAUCCAGUCUUUGGAACUGCUUUUGGCUACGUCAAAACAGCAAAGAACAGCAAGAUUGCUGUAAAUAUUUGUUAUGGCCGUCAUCACCCUCAAAAUUGGUUAAUGUAUGCCCUUAAUGGGGCAGAAAUAAUUUUUAAUCCGUCAGCAACAAUUAGCGGACUUAGUGAAGCUCUAUGGCCGAUUGAAGCUAGAAAUGCUGCUAUAGCCAAUCAUGUUUUUACUGUUGCGAUUAAUAGGGUGGGGACAGAAGUUUUUCCAAAUGAAUUUACUUCUGGCAAUGGAAAGCCUGCCCACAAGGAUUUUGGACAUUUUUAUGGUAGUAGCUAUGUAGCAGCACCUGACGGUUCUAGAACACCUGGAUUAUCAAGAAAUAAGGAAGGCGUUCUUGUAGUAGAAAUUGAUUUAAAUUUGUGUAGGCAAACACAGGAUAGCUGGGGAUUUAAAGUAAACUUUUACAUAUUUAUCAGUUUCACUCUUGACACUUUUGGGAGCAGAGGGACUUGGAGAGCUUAA